AUGCCCUCAAAGCAGCUCCACAACAAAGUCCUAGCGGGCGGUGCCUUCUGGAUUCGACAAAAAACAAAGCGAUUGCAGCUGUUGGGCCUGCUGCUGCUGCUGCUGCUGCAUGCUGCGGGUGGUGUUGGGCCUGCUGCUGCUGCUGCUGCUGCUGCAUGCUGCGGGUGGUGCUGCUCAAGGUGGUGCUGCAAGCCUGCAAAACGCACCCUUAUCGGCUCAUGGACACCAUUCGAAACGCUGAAACGCCACCUGAUUUCGUGCCAACGUGCGCAAACGCACCCUUCGCAUGGCUUUGUGGCACAUGCGAUGUCUUAUUCCCUGCUGCUGGGCCUGCUGCUGCUGCUGCUGCGGCUCCUGCUGCUGCUGCUGGUGGUGCUGCUGGAGCUGGUGCGUGCCUUCUGGAUUCGACAAAAAACAAAGCGAUUGCAGCUGUUGGGCCUGCUGCUGCUGCUGCUGCUGCUGCAUGCUGCGGGUGGUGUUGGGCCUGCUGCUGCUGCUGCUGCUGCUGCUGCAUGCUGCGGGUGGUGCUGCUCAAGGUGGUGCUGCAAGCCUGCAAAACGCACCCUUAUCGGCUCAUGGACACCAUUCGAAACGCUGAAACGCCACCUGAUUUCGUGCCAACGUGCACAAACGCACCCUUCGCAUGGCUUUGUGGCACAUGCGAUGUCUUAUUCCCUGGCGCGCUCCCCCUUGAAUUUUGGCUACCUUUACAUCCGGUCAGAGGAGGCGUAUCCUUGGGCUCCACUUCUCUGUGGCGUUGGUGUUUUGGUGACGCACUUCGUGGAGGCCUGUGUCGAGCCCUUGCUGGAACGCCUGGUCGCGGAGAAGCCAGUGGCGACUGGCCAGGUCGUUGGACGCAAAGCGCCGGAGGUGCGAAGUGUGGUCUCCACCAAUACGCCCUCCGAUGAGGAGACCCAUAGCCAGACUUCACAGCAGACCUCAAGCAAGCAAGAGAUCCGGCUGCUCACUGGGCCCUUGUUGUUGUGCGCACUGACCUUCCAUUCCUUGGUGGAGGGCUUGAGCCUUGGAGCAGCGCAGGAGGGGCAUGUCCUGGACGUUUUCUUUCCCAUUCUGGCGCACAAGGGCAUGGCAGCCUUCACUUUGGGCAUCAAUUGGAAUGGCAUUCGAGGCUAUUGGCUCGCCUUGGCAUUUUUCUCCAUCCUUUCGCCUCUGGGAGUAUUGAUCGGGCAGACCGCAGAAGGCAGCACUGCGAGCGUGCUCUUGUCCAUUUCUGCUGGAACAUUCCUCUACAUCGGCCUGGUCGAAACGAUGCCCGGCAUCCGCCAACCAUGGCUGCCUUCUGUCGUUGGGCGCCUCGCGCAGAUGGGAGUUUGCGCAGCUGGUUUUGCCGCCAUGGGCACCCUUGGGAUUUGGGCAUAG